AUGGCAGCCUUGCCCAAGGACUUGGGACUUCAUGUCGGCUCCUCCGAGGAACGUGGCGUUUGCUACCCACGCACCUUCGCCCUUGCUGCGAUAAUUCAUCUCGACCGUUUUAAACUCUCCGCGGGCUACUUUCUGCAGCAGGGAGCGAUGCCUCUCGAUGUAGAGGAAAUCAUUCGGCAGAAGAAGGCCGCAGACGCUGCCGCCGCAAAGCCGCGCUUCAUCCCCAAGGCCCAGCGCGAGCGCAUGGCGGCAGAGCUGGCCAAGAGAGAGGAGGACGACAGGAAGCGCAAAGCUGCGGACGAGGCACGAAAACGCAGAGAGGAAGAGAGGAAGUGGGCGUCACGGUCCAACGGAGUGUCGUCCAGUGCAAAUAGGAUUCCCAAUGGCCCAACCGAGGCCCCCACGGGUCCUCGAGCCAUGAACCCUAGAAGGGCCGACGCCAAGAAGAGCGACAAAGUAAACGGCGACAAGAAGUCCGCCGAGGACAUUGAGGCCACCCUGUUCAGGUCACGAUAUCUGGGUCCAGAAGUGAACCAGCAGUCUAGCUUCUCUGCCAAGAAGAAGCGCAUGCGCACGACGGAGAAAAAGUUCAACUUCGAGUGGGAUCUGGAGGAUGACACAUCCAGAGACAACGACCCUAUAUACAGGAACCAGGUUGUGAACAGAGGCGGCUCCCUCGCCGGCUUGGGGGGUGAAUUCGACGACGAGGCCGAGAGAAGGGCCCGCAAACGCGCGCGGUUAAUCGAGGAGCGGGACGUCGACAAUGGCAGGGAGCGCGCCAAGGGCUUCAUGGAGGACUUCUACCGUGCGCGGGCCAAGGCCAAGGAGAGGGCGGAGAGGACAGGCCUCGGGCGCCACUGGUCGGAGAAGAAACUAGGAGAGAUGAGGGAGCGGGACUGGAGGAUAUUCAAGGAGGACUUUGGCAUCUCUACAAAGGGCGGCGCCAUACCCGACCCCAUGCGCAGCUGGGAAGAGUCCGGCCUGCCGAGGCGACUGCUCGACAUCGUGGCCAGGGUGGGCUACAAGGAGCCCACGCCUAUCCAGAGGGCAGCCAUCCCCAUCGCCUUGCACGCCCGCGAUCUGAUCGGCGUGGCCGUCACCGGUUCCGGCAAAACAGCAGCCUUCCUCCUCCCCCUCCUCGUGUACAUCUCCGACCUCCCCCCCCUCACCGAGGUCAACAAGAACGACGGCCCGUACGCCCUCAUCCUCGCGCCGACCCGUGAGCUGGUGCAGCAAAUCGAGACGGAAGCCAAAAAGUUCGCCGAGCCCCUGGGUUUCCGCUGCGUCAGCAUCGUCGGCGGCCACUCCCUCGAGGAGCAGGCCUUUGCCCUGCGGAACGGUGCGGAAAUCAUCGUCGCCACGCCCGGCCGUCUGGUCGACUGUAUCGAGAGGCGGCUGCUCGUCCUCUCACAGUGCUGCUACAUCAUCAUGGACGAGGCCGACCGCAUGAUCGACCUCGGGUUCGAGGAUUCCGUCAACAAGAUCCUCGACGCCCUCCCCGUCAGCAACGAGAAGCCCGACACGGACGACGCCGAAAACGCGCAGCUCAUGAAGUCCUACCUCGGCGGCAGGGACAAGUACCGCCAGACGAUGAUGUACACGGCCACCAUGCCGCCGCUCGUCGAGCGCAUCGCCAAGAAGUACCUCCGCCGCCCUGCCACCGCAACCAUAGGCAACGCCGGCGAGGCCGUCGACACUGUCGAGCAGCGCGUCGAGUUCGUCUCCGGCGAGGACCGCCGCAAGAAGAGGCUGCAGGAGAUCCUGUCCAAGAACGACUUUGCGCCGCCCAUCAUCGUCUUCGUCAACAUCAAGAGGAACUGCGACGCCGUUGCGCGAGACAUCAAGUCCAUGGGCUGGUCCACCGUCACUCUGCACGGUUCCAAGACGCAGGAGCAGCGAGAGGCGGCGCUGGCCUCCGUGCGCUCGGGCGCGACCCAAGUCCUCGUCGCCACGGAUCUUGCCGGCCGCGGUAUCGAUGUGCCGGAUGUAUCGCUCGUUGUCAACUUUAACAUGGCUACGAGCAUCGAGAGUUACACCCAUCGUAUUGGUCGUACUGGUCGUGCGGGCAAGAGCGGUGUUGCCAUUACCUUCUUGGGCAACGAGGACAACGAUGUCCUGUAUGACUUGAGGCAGAUGCUUAGCAAGAGCUCCAUCUCCAAGGUGCCGGACGAGCUGAAGAGGCACGAGGCCGCGCAGUCGAAGCCCGUCCGCGGUGGUGCGAGAAGGGAGAGAGAUGAUGCCGCCGCCGGAGGUGGUGGAGGAGAGGGAGCAGGAGGAGGAGGCGGCGGUAGGGGCGGCGGCAGAGGCGGCUGGUGA